CGCGGAUACAGAUCCAUCGUGUCGGUGGCCGCUGCGGCAAAUCUGCGGCUCUCCGCGGCCGUUCGUCGAAAGACGGAGAGUGACGUGAUAUCAGGGCACCCGGCCUGGAUUUGGGUGCCGACGCGCUGCUCGCAAUCCUCCAAUCGGUCGCCUGAAGUAUCUUUCGGAGUAAACCUAAAGACCGUAUCUUCCGAAAGAGACCGAGAGAUGAUGGGCUCCAAUGAUGAAACGAUCUCCGUGCAAUUUCUGUCACAUCUCUCGCGCAAUCCAGCAGAGAUCGAAUUUGAUCAGAGCGACUUGUGCGGAUGCCCGUUGUCGUCGAGGCUCCGCCGGUACAGAGAUUAAUUGAUCGGCGAAGAGAAGAAAGCGUUGGAGGACAUCGAUGUCAGUCGACGACCUCAUGGCGCAGGUGGGGGGUGUUCUCUCGUGAGAGCGAACACGGAGAAGUUUACGGUGGAGGGUACGCGUGAUGAGGAAAAACGUCGGCAAGUGCGUGUAGCGACGUGUAGGAACGCAUCGCCAUUAUUAUCGCCAUUUAUUUCGGAGAAAGAAAGAAACGGUAGAACGUUCUCCGUUCACUCUUCCGUUCCUCGCGAGAAUUCCGACAAUAAGAACAGUCCGCAAAGGUCGUUUGUCUCUCGAUUGAGGGACAAAGGUCGAUUGAUCUCUCGGUACGCAACCGUGGCGGUGUAGUAGACAACAAAGUUUGCGUGAAGUCAUUGGACCUGUGAGUUGUGGAACUGUAAGUUGCGGAGAGAACGACUGCGCGAUAUGGAGUCGAUGAAAUUUCGAGGGUGUGAGAUACAGUAUACGUUCGUCUUUAAAGUCGGUGGGAGGCUGUAAACGGUCCCGUGAUUGGUUAAACGCGUCCGCGGGAAUCUUUUUCGCCCUGUUACAUGCGCUAAUUCGAGUUCACGAGGCGAGUUUACGUGUUUGAGGUAAACUGAUGAAGGCCUGCGGUUGAUGGCCGACCAACAUCGCGUUCGUCAGUUCAGCCAAAGAUCGGCCAACACCGCGGAGGGAAAGGGGGAGAAGCGAAGGAAAGCCGGAGGGAGACCAAAAAGGAUCCCAGUUGAUCGACAAAGUUCAGUACCGCGACCGAUGUCGCUAAUUCGCGCGACGAAGCACCUUGACGACGUUUACGAACUAGAUGGACUCUAGUAAACUGAAACUACCCGUACUGCCCGCCGCCAAUUCGACGAGAAACUUUCGCCCAACUCAAUUACGCUGUAACCGUGUCAUAUUCCGCGCCUGCGAAAGCCAGCGGAAAGGUGACACCGACCUACUCUUCGCCGCAACUCGGCAGACUCGUGUUCCAUGAAAGAGCUAAUCGUGAUACUACGAAUGCUUCUUCACGAUUAAUUUAUGAUAAGUAUAGUAAGCGGCCUGGUGUGGAUUACGACGCGCGCCGAUGGGAUGGGACGGGGCGAGGGGGGGGAUGUUAGUAGCACCGUUAGCAGAUUCAGCAAUUAAUAUGGCGAGACAGGCAUAUUCCAUCGUUGAUUAAUAUGCUGACCGCGUAGACGAGCACCGAGGCGGGAUUUAAAAUUCAUAUCGGUCGCAUAAUCGAUAGUUUGUCACGCGCGCUCUCUUUCUGAUUUCGAUUCUAUACUUAUGUGAGCCGCAUAUUAAAUAAACAGCCUCGUGGUGCGAUCGUCGCAAGCUCGAACGGGGAACUUGCCUGGUACUUCACACGCAAAUUAUCGCAGCAGUUAUAAAGGAGAGUGGCUGGCUGGAUUACGGUCCGCGCGCGCUUAUGGCGCUCACUUAAUCAGGAUGAGCUCUGAGAACUCGCUGACAAUGCUGCUGGUGCGACAGAACCCGGAGAACUGGUCUGCGAAAUGAAUACCUCUGAGAGGAACAAUGGAAGCGUCCACGCGAGCAUGACGGCCUCAUUCGGUGUCGUGGACGGCACGCUUAGACGGCCAGAAAUGAGACUCUCGAGUCGUCAGUGAAACGGAGAACUGUUGUCGUCGUCGUUACCGUGUUGCGGUGGAGCCAGCUGCCUGUUCUCGCCUCGAGGCGAGAAGAGGAUCAGACGGGAUCAGUAGACAUCGGGUAGACACCGAUAAAAGGACGGUGUUAUGUUAGUGACAAGGCCUCACCCUCUAGGAGGGCGCAUACUACUCGCCCUCUUCCUUUUAACGGGGUGUUUCGCUUUGCUGUCACGGGCGGCCGCUUUCCCGGAUUGGACCGACUGUCCCGCGGUUUGCCGAUGCAAGUGGACCUCCGGCAAGAAGUCCGCUUUGUGUCCGGACGCCGGCCUAACGUCGCUGCCGGCAUCCCUCGAUCCGGACAUGCAAGUGCUCGACUUGUCCGGCAACAAGAUACCUGCUCUGAAAGAGGAGAUAUUCAAACUGGCCGGCUUGGUGAAUCUGCAACGGGUCUUUCUGCGUAAUGCCGGUAUCUACAAUAUCCAUGCGAAUUCUUUCAAAGAUAUGAGGAUACUCAUCGAGAUCGAUCUGUCGGACAAUCACGUAACGGUCUUGAAACCGGAUACAUUUCUCGGAAACGAGCGCUUGCGCAUUUUGAUACUUAGCGGAAAUCCGCUCGGUACUUUGCGUAAUCUACAGUUUCCUGUACUGCAGCAUCUGCGAAAUUUAGAGCUACAACGAUGCUCCUUGACUGAAGUACACGGACAAGCCUUUGCCCGGCUAACCGGCUUAGAAUUCUUGAAGUUGGAUACUAACCAACUAGAAUAUUUGGAGUCCUCGGUGAUAUCCGGAUUAUCUCGCUUGAAAACCUUAACGCUAGAUGGCAAUCAAUGGAGAUGCGACUGCAGACUACGAGAUUUUCGCACCUGGCUUAUCCCCGACGUACCCAGCAAAUUGUACUCCGUGCCACAAAUUUGUUCAGGUCCACCGAGAUUGGAAGGCCGCAGGUGGGAGGAUGUAAAACCUACGGAAUUUGCUUGUGAACCAAAAGUAUUCGUCCUGGCGAGCAGCAUACAAGAGGAAACCAACGGUAACCUCAGCUUGGCGUGUCGAACGAGCGGCGAUCCCGAGCCAGAAGUUUGGUGGCAAUUAAACGGUGGACCAGUCAAUGCUACCAAAUCGACUGAUCAACCCUACAUGGGGACUCUCGUCAUUUACGCAACGUCCGAGGCUGGCAUACCUUCCAAUGACAAGUCUGCGUCCAGAACCGUCGGGGAUCGAUGGAGCAAUCUGACCGUUUACAACGCUAGUGACAGCGAUGCCGGCGAAUAUGCAUGUUUUGCGAAGAAUAUCGCUGGUCUCGCGCGAGACACAGUCAGCGUGGCAAUACCUCGUGUUUAUACGGCCCCGACUCUCUCCCAGAGCGACAACUGGCUGCUCUGGGUAAGUUUGGCUGGAGGCGGCGCGGCUGCCGCGUGUGCUUCCAUCUCGGCCGUGUUGCUGGUUCUUUGUUUGUGCGGUGGAAAUCGACGGCACAGUAAACGGGAGAAGGUGAAGCUGCAAAGCAGCAGUAGUUUCGGCGACCAAGAGAAGAAGCUGCUAGACCUGUCCGUGACCACCACUACGACGCCCGGCAAUAGUAACGAUCGCGGCAGCGGUCACGGCAGCAUCGGUGAGGCGUGUAGCACCGGUGACCUCGAAUUGGCGGAGCGCAGCUCUAUUUGCGAUCCUAUGGCUGCGGCCGCGGUCACCGUCGAACGGCUGCGACCCGCGGACAACUCGGUGAACACCAUUCGCGCGGUUCCAUGCACCGCCACGGCCACCGCCGGUAUAUUUCCGCCUCCGCCGCCGGAAUUUACCACCGGUGUGCUGCCGGCUGGGAUCUUCGGCAAUAUCUUCAUCUCCGUGUCAUUGCCACAGGACGCAUCGUCGGAGCGCUGCUAUCCGGAUCUCCUCGACAUCCCCGUCCACGCGGUUAGCGGUGCUACGACCACCGUUUCGACUGGCGGCAAAACCGCGGCUUUGCCGUCAGCAGCGGCAAUCAACGUAUCUAGCUUCGCCACGCUGCCGCGUCGGGCCUUGCGCUCCACCGAGGUCGCCGCCGGCUCGCCUUACGACAAUAUGGGGCCGCGCAUUACGGCAAACGGCAGUUCCGCGUUCUCGUUAACGGACAUGACGGAUAUGGACCUGCGGCUAUCGCCGCCACCACCGCCGCGGAUCAUUCAACCACCGCACGAGUUCGUUUCUCUCUAAAACACCGGAUUCUUUUCCACUCUGAUUCGUAUUAUUGCGCAAUACUGAUUUCAUAAUCGAUAAUAUCCCGCUAAUAGUGUUAUUCUAAUAUACUGUGGAACAUCCAUUAGCGGCCGGGUAUUAUUGGAUAACAUCAAUUAGCGUGCGGUAAUACUAACCGUGUCAGGAAUGGCUCACAAAUCGACUCUUUGAGAACGCACGCGCUCGCUUCGAACGAGUGAUCCGUAUACGUUUCCUUGGUGGAAUUUUAAGACAUGUCGAAUCAUCCUAUCAUGUAUCGGUAUCGCAAAUUUGAUAAUGACGUCAUAUUGAUUGUACUGAAGAAUUUUUAUCUCAAUAUUACGCGUUCGUUGGGUCAUUGUGGACAUUACAAAUUUUGCAGCCUUAAAAUAUUAAUCGCAAUUCUGG